CUAACUUAUUCGGACAAGCACUGAAGUACGCCUGGGCAUAGGUAGUAUUCCACCACUGAGAAAAGUCAAAAACUCAAUACCACCGCAUCUAAUCCCGCGUCAUAAGCCUCAUUUCACAGCAACCGCUUGAAAAUACGCAUGCCUCGCCUUUGACCGUACAUUUUCUUUCUCAUCCUCUUCCGACUAUCAACACGCGACCAAACGCGUUCCGUGACCGCUAGUUGAUCAAGUCCGACAAAAUGUCUGGCAAAGGCUCAGCCUACGGCACCCCGGCGACGGACACGUCGUUCCGGCGGGCCUACGAUCUCGACGAAUACGCCGAGAAGGCCAAGGCUCGUGAAAGCAACGAGCGCGAAGAAGCUAAAGCACGAUACGAGGCGAAGCUGGCCGGAAAGAAAUACUACAAACCAAUGACCGGGGAUGAGACGCACACCCGGGCACGACGCGACGUGUUAGACUUGGAAGCAAAUGUCGGCAAGACGAUGCUCGUGCCGGCAGGCGCGGGGCAAGGGAAACGCGGACGCGGCGCCGGGUUCUACUGCUCCGCCUGCGACCUCACGUUCAAAGACAACAUACAAUGGGUCGAGCAUAUCAACAGCAUGCAGCAUUUGCGCAACAUCGGCGAGACGGGAGAGGUCAAGAAGGCGAGUGCCGAGGAUGUACGGAGGAGGAUAGACGAGGUAUGGGAGCGUCUGCAAGAGCAGAAACGCGCGACCACGACUACCCUCAAGGAGCGGCUUGAGAUCCGCGAGGAGGAGGAGGCCAAAGCAAAAGAGGCGAGGAGGGUGAAAAGACUCGAAGAUCUAGCAAGGAAGAAAGCAGACAAGGAGAUGGCGGAGAAAGUCAAAACCGAAUAUGGUGACGAUUUGCGGAUCGAGGGCGAGCAUGACGAGGACGAUAUGAUGGCAGCGAUGGGCAUUACAGGGUUUGGGGCUUCGAAGAAGAAGUGAAGAUAAUGGAGAGAAAUAUGUUGGCAUGUUUGAUUUCCUAGUGUUUACCUACCAACCUGGGGAACGCAAAAAUUGGCGUACAGGAGGUGGUAUAAGUGCUCUGAUAAAUCCCAGUCAGGUUAGCUCAUGGCGUUGUUUUGGGGGAAACACUUCAGCAUAUGAAUCGGCGUUGGGUGUUCUUGGUCCACAACACACAAGUAAGGGUAGCUAUUGCUAUUGCUCGAACUCGUCAGUUUGGACGUGGUUUGCAUUUCGAUAUAUACAUAUAUAUAUAUAUACCCAUAGUCAUAUAUUCAAGAAAUGUACAUAUCAAAAUUCCUCACUAUCAGAUAGCUGUGUACGUGGAACGCAGAAGACAAAUUCUCAGCAUCGGGACAUUGAUCCGGUGUUUAAUAGAAUUUGGAUGUUGAGUCGAAUCGAUGGCUGUGAUGUCGAAAUGUCGACGGC